UGCUAGUGGAAAAUCAUGUAAGAAACAUAAAAUUUGUGCUUAGUAUACUACUAAUAAUGGAGCAACUGUGUACACACUAAAAGGGAUCUGUACAAUCACAUUUCUCAUUCUAUCCAUCUUCUCUGUAAUCAUUAAUUAUAUAUAUGUAUAUAUAUUCUCAACUUCAGCUGACUCUUUUCUCUUUCUUCUCCGCUGUUAGAAGCAGCUCUUAUUGGGUAGUGUAAAAUUUUUUUGGUUGACUCAGUUGAAAAAAGGAAGCUUUUUGGUGGGGAAGAAUUGGUUGCUUUGCAGAGGAAGUUUGUGUUUCUGGUUGCUGCUAAAGCCAAAUGCAGAUCUUGAAGCAGCAGAAAGUGUGAUUUGUCGGGUUGUGCUUCAAACUCGAAGCUACUAUUAGUGUAAUGGGCUGUGAAUAUUCUAAAUUUGCCUCGUGUUGCUGGACAGGACAGAGUGGCCCCAUUCACGAGGCUCAAAAUCCUGAUGAAGAAAAAGAUGAAGUUAGUGAUUUGCCUGCAUUCCACGAGUUUACGUUUGAGCAGCUCAGGAUAGCUACAUCUGCAUUUGCUGUAGAGAAUAUUGUUUCGGAACACGGUGUGAAAGCUCCAAAUGUUGUUUAUAAAGGAAAGCUGGAGAACCAGAGACCGGUUGCCGUUAAACGCUUCAACAGAUCUGCGUGGCCUGAUUCCCGGCAGUUUUUAGAAGAAGCAAGGGCCGUCGGUCAACUCCGCAACAAUAGGUUAGCAAAUCUUCUUGGCUGUUGCUGCGAGGGUGAUGAGAGGUUGCUAGUUGCAGACUUCAUUCCCAAUGAAACACUUGCAAAGCAUCUUUUUCAUUGGGACACACAACCAAUGAAGUGGGCAAUGCGGUUAAGGGUGGCCUUGUAUAUUGCACAGGCUCUUGAAUAUUGUACAGACAAAGGGCGUGCUCUUUAUCAUGAUCUUAAUGCUUAUAGAAUAUUAUUCGAUGAAGAUGGUGAUCCCCGACUCUCUUGUUUUGGUUUGAUGAAGAACAGUCGAGAUGGAAAAAGUUACAGCACAAACUUGGCAUUUACUCCUCCUGAAUAUUUGAGGACAGGAAGAAUCACCCCAGAGAGUGUGAUAUUUAGCUUCGGGACACUUUUGCUUGACCUUCUCAGUGGAAAACACAUCCCUCCUAGCCAUGCACUGGAUCUGAUAAAAGACCGGAAUCUUCAGAUGCUAACUGAUUCUUGCUUGGAAGGUCAAUUUUCUACAGAUGACGGAACUGAAUUGGUACGGAUUGCUUCAAGAUGUCUACAAUACGAGCCUCGUGAGCGGCCGAAUCUCAAGUCAUUAGUUGCUGCAUUAUAUCCUCUUCAAAAAGAAGCUGAGGUUCCCUCUCAUGUAUUGAUGGGUAUAUCACGUGAUGGCGAAACUAUGUCUCUAUCUCCACUUGGUGAAGCUUGUUUGAAAACCGACUUGACUGCCAUCCAUGAGAUUUUAGACACGCUUGGGUACAAAGAUGAUGAGGGAGCAGCUACUGAGCUUUCAUUUCAGAUGUGGACAGAUCAGAUGCUGGAAACAUUGAACUCAAAGAAAAAGGGUGAUGUUGCUUUCAAGAACAAAGAUUUUAGAGCUGCCAUUGAAUGCUAUACGAAGUUUAUCGAUGUUGGAACCAUGGUCUCACCAACUGUGUACGCUCAUCGGAGUCUGUCUUAUCUCAUGAGUGAUAUGCCACAAGAAGCCCUCAACGAUGCAGUACAAGCACAAGUAAUAUCUCCUGUUUGGCAUAUCGCAUCGUAUUUGCAAGCUGCUUCUCUUUUCACAUUGGGGAGGGAAAACGAGGCACAAGUCACACUUAGAGAGGCUGCCAUACUCGAAGAAGAGAAGAACACAACUUGAAAUUGGCGAAUGGCGCCUCAGAAAUCUAGAGACGCUGUCGAUCUGUCACCUACCAUGUAUGCAAUGGUGAGUAAAUUGUGUUAUAGGUAUGAAGAAUUCUUUCGCAAUAAUUCAAUGCCAUUGGUUCCUAAAGAUACAAGAUCUGUAGGAAAGGAUGGGGAGAAACUCAGCUGUAAUUUUUGUACAGUGCUAUAUGGUUGCUCAACUAUCUAUUUUGUCUUUCCCCUCUUAGGGGUGCAGAUUUUCUACAUGUAAAUUGUGUCUUUUGGUUUUAUUGUGAGGUUAGUUUUACAAUAUUUAUUUUAAGUAUUUGCAACGGAUGUAACUUUUUCUAAUGUUGUAAUCCUUUCCCAAGAUUAUUGCUGUGGUAUUUAGAUAGGGAUUGUAGCUCA